AUGAAAUUCCCCCGAUUCAACCUCACUCGCAACAUCUUCUCAACAAUCUACUCUCUAUCAAUAAAAUACACUUACUCAACUCCCCUCCUAAACCAAUUCUCUCCACGAUCCAUCCACACUCCCCUCCCACCCCAUCCAAUGCCUCCCAAACAACCCAACCCACCUAAACCACCCCCCUCAGACCUCCCAAUCCACCCCUUCCCCACCCCUCAAGCCCUAGAAACCUUCCUCGAAACAAACCAUACCACCCUACCAGGCUUCUACCUCAAACUCGCCAAAAAGUCCUCCGGCAUCCCCUCCAUAACCGCCCCCGACGCCGUCGAAACAGCCCUCUGCUUCGGCUGGAUCGACGGCCGCGCAAACACCCUCGAUGAAAACUACUGGCUAGUGCGGUACACACCGCGCCGCGCAAAAUCCAUCUGGUCCCAGAAGAACGUGGACACGGUGACGCGCCUCAUUGGCGAGGGUCGAAUGAGGCCGGCGGGUUUGGCGGCUGUUGAUGCGGCGAAGGAGGAUGGACGGUGGGAGAGGGCGUAUAAGGGGCCGGCUGCUAUGGGUGUUGCUGAGGAUUUUAGGGAAGCAUUGGAGGGGUGUGAGAGGGCGAAAGAGUUUUUUGGGGGGGGUUGA